UGGUCACCACUUCCAUUAUAUUUUCAAGUGUCCCUUCCUCUUCUAUUUCUAUUCAUUUUUUUCCUGCAUCGUAUCUCCAAUUCUUGUAAACUUGUGGAAGCUAGCUCUUCAUCUUCGCGAUGAGUGCUCUAAUAAAUUGGCAGCUACUUCUACUUGGUUUGUUUUGUCAUUGCAGUUUCAUUACUGUUCUUGCCGAGGAUCCGUACAGAUUCUUCGACUGGAAUGUUACUUACGGCGACAUUUAUCCACUCGGCGUAAAACAGCAGGGUAUUCUUAUUAAUGGACAAUUUCCAGGGCCUGAUAUUUACUCUGUCACCAAUAACAAUCUUAUUAUUAAUGUGCAUAAUAGCUUGCCGGAGCCUUUUCUUAUUUCAUGGAGUGGGAUUCAGCAGAGAAGAAAUUCAUAUCAAGAUGGAGUAUAUGGAACGACUUGUCCAAUUCCUCCAGGCAGGAACUUCACUUACACGUUACAAGUGAAAGAUCAAAUUGGCAGUUUCUUCUACUUCCCAUCUCUUGCAUUCCACAAGGCAGCUGGUGGCUUUGGGGGUAUCAGGAUCCUUAGCAGGCCAUUAAUUCCAGUCCCCUUCCCUGACCCUGCUGAUGAUUUCACUGUUCUUAUUGGAGACUGGUAUAAGACUAACCACACGAAAUUGAAGGCCAUUUUAGAUCGUGGUCACAGGCUUCCUUUCCCAGAUGGCAUUCUGAUCAACGGUCGUGGACCUAAUGCUACAACUUUCACACUCGAACCAGGAAAAACUUACAGGCUUAGGAUAUCCAAUGUGGGGCUUCAACAUUCACUCAAUUUUCGCAUUCAGGGCCACAAGAUGAAGCUCGUUGAAGUCGAAGGGACCCAUACAAUGCAGACAACCUAUUCGUCCUUGGAUGUCCAUGUAGGCCAAUCCUAUUCAGUGUUAGUCACAGCUGAUCAACCAGCUCAAGACUACUACAUUGCUGUCUCAACUCGUUUCACCACCAGGGUCCUCACCACCACUGCCAUUCUUCACUAUAGCAACUCCGCCAAGAAAGUCUCCGGUCCAAUUCCUGGCGGACCGACCACCCAGAUCGAUUGGUCACUUAAUCAAGCUCGCUCUAUCAGGACAAACUUGACAGCAAGUGGACCAAGACCAAAUCCUCAGGGAUCAUAUCAUUAUGGACUAAUAAACAUUAGCAGAACAAUCAAGCUAGAGAGCUCAGCAGCUCAAGUUAAUGGGAAGCAGAGGUAUGCAGUUAACAGUGUAUCAUUCGUCCCUGCUGAUACUCCCCUUAAGCUUGCCGACUACUUCAAGAUUGGAGGCGUUUUUCGGGUUGGAAGUAUCUCAGAUCAUCCAAUUGGCAGGAAGAUGUAUCUUGACACUUCAGUCAUGGGCGCUGAUUUCAGGGCCUUUGUUGAGAUUGUGUUUCAGAACCAUGAGAAUAUCGUCCAGAGCUGGCACCUCGAUGGAUACUCCUUCUGGGUAGUCGGAAUGGAUGGAGGAGUUUGGACACCAGCUAGUCGUGAUCAAUACAAUCUUAGAGAUGCAGUGUCACGUUGCACUACACAGGUUUAUCCCAAAUCAUGGACUGCUAUUUAUAUAGCACUUGAUAAUGUGGGAAUGUGGAAUGUGAGGACUGAAUUUUGGGCAAGGCAAUACCUGGGACAACAAUUUUAUCUGAGGGUUUACUCACCUGUAGAGUCAAUUAGAGAUGAAUAUCCCAUUCCAAAGAAUGCCCUUCUCUGUGGCAGGGCUACUGGCAAAACUACAAGACCUUUUUAAGCAAGCUUCUGCUGAAUUAUACUUUGUAUGACCCUAACUCAGGGUCUUAUUCUUUGCUAUAUAAAUUUGUAUUAAAUUAUUGAAUUUUGGUUUAUAACAAUGGAAUUUCUUUUCUGACAAAUUAAUGAGGAAUUUAAUUUUAUC